UCUAUCAUACUAAAUCGUGUGUCCUCCUGUCUAGUGGUAACUGUUUCCAGAAAGAUAAACCAUCCCAACCCAGCAGCUGGAUAGGUCCUAUGUUAGCCAGCGGAAGAAGAUUCACGAAAUACCGAAAGAUAGCUCCCAUAUGGUUUGACUCGUAUAAUGGAAUACCCGAAACGAAGCGAAUAGCAAGAUAGCAGACAUGCAGCGAAAGUGUGGUUGGAAUCCUUAUUCAGGUGGAAUACUGUUGCACACCUUACAUGCGCACAGUGGCCCAGUAGCGCAGCCGAAGAACAUGUCGUUAGUAUUUGAUUACCAUAUCGGACCAGCUGAACGCGCUGAGAUAACUUUCGUCAAGUUCAAUGCAUCUCCAACGGAUGGUUGCACAUUUUAUCAUGGAUCAUUUCAAGAGAUGACAAAAGGUUUCACAGUUACGGUCUGGAGUCACACUCCGGUAUCUGAGAUGACCGGCACUGCUUCUAUCUACGGAAUACGUUACAACGAUUGGUGAACAAUUCUCAUUAACAAGGGUAUUAACAAUCAGUGAAAUUUGAUGAUAUUAGUGAAAAUAGGUGGUAAUUCCAUUCAUUUUUUAAUCUUUAUGCGUCAUAGGUAGAUGUUUCAAUAAAAUAACUCA